UGUUUAGUGUGUUACUCAGUGGCGGCAACCAGCAAUUUUUUCCCAUUGGGGCCAGGAGGACGGUGGACUGUAUUAGCAAAUUGUCUAGAACUUGGGGACUCAUAUUAUAUCAACAGUUAAUAAAUAUACAGAGCAAGGGCAAGGACUUGCAUAAAACAAACGCAAUGCCAGUACAAGUGUCAACCACAGUUGACGCUGAAGAGUCUCAAUAUCAACUUGUUUUUCGAAUGGACAACGUGAAAAACAUUUAUCAUCUCCUCAAAGCGAUUAAUUUCCAUCCAAGGGCAACUUGUUUUGCAACAGACAGUGGCCUGAAAGUUUCUGUGGAGUCUGCAAAAUGUUGUCAAGCCAAUGCUUUCAUACAAACUGAAAUUUUCCAGGAAUAUACCCUUCAACCAACAGAUGAAAGUGUCAGCUUUUCUCUAGAUCUUAAUGUUCUGUUGGAAUGUUUGGAUAUAUUUGGAGAUGCUAACAGUAAUUCUUCCCCCACUGCUUUAAUGCUUCGAUAUCAGGGCUAUGGGCAUCCUAUUCAACUUCUACUUGAAGAGGAGGAUGUUGUAACAGACUGCUCAAUCAGGACACUGGAGGUUGAAGAGCUUGCAAAUUUUGAUUUUACUUCAGAUGAUGUGAUCAACAAGAUUAUUUUAAAAUCUGAACCCUUGAAGGAAAUUUUCAACGCGAUUGAGCCAAGCACUGAUAUUGUGGAAUUAAAUUUGUAUUCAAAUGAACCCAUAGUUAAAUUGAGAACUGUGGGAUACAUGGGUGAAGUUGAGAUUGACAUCUCUAAAGACAGUGAUAUGAUUGAGCUCUUCCAGUGUGAGAGUGACUCUACUUCAAAGUACAAAUACUGCCACUUCAAGCAAGCCUUGAAAGCUUUGGCUAUCUCCCAGAAGGUCUCAAUUCGAACCGAUGAUGGGGGGUUAUUGUGCAUGCAGUUCAUGAUUAAAAAUGACUAUGGACACAUCUGCUUCAUCGAAUUCCAUUGCUUGCCUGUGGUGGAUGAUGAUUAAAAACGCAUUGAAUACAACGAAUUGUAGCAUAUUUUAUUCUCCUGUAUCAAAAAUAUUUAUAAUUCUUUUCCUCUAUCAAUUCGUUUUACAAUCCCAAUUAUGCACAAGAUGUGUUACUAAAGUUUGGAACACACAAAUAACUUUAAAUCUUACAACAAUAUUGUUAUAAGAAUUAAACAUGUGCUGUGAAAUUUUUUGGCCCCUUUGUUCCAAGGGCCUAAAUAAAAGGCGAGUGGGUGCUUACU